AUGGAGGCAGGCGGCGGCGGCAGGGAAGAUCUGACGGGACCAAAUGAUGAGAGGUCCUUAUAUAUAUGUUCCAUGGUUGUGAAGAGUGAGACUGUUUCUUACGUUAUUAAUUCCAUCAAAUUGAGCGAUUUGUUUUCCUCAUCAUGCUCCUGCCGCUUCGAUCCCGAUCUUCCUACUAAUCCUAAUCCUACUCCUCUUGGUGGUGAUGGUGAUAGAAGCAAAUGCCCGUUGGAUUGUAAUGAAUUAAAGCAUCCGGAUGAUACGACAACCAGAACCGAAUGCGCGGCUUGCUCCAAGGGCAAUAGUGAAUUACGCUAUCGGGCUUCUCUCACCGGCGAGUAUCUUCCCGGCUAUAUGGGUUGCGGUGUCUUUGGAUCUCAAAUUGUUUUCGGCGGAGGUGUGAAAUCCCGCCUCUCAACCGUGGCCGAGUGCACCCAUAUUCGAUUCGGACCAGAUGCGAGUAGAGCUAUAUAUGGAUUUGAGACUCGGGAUCCGAAUCCCACGAUCAAACUGAGGGGCCGAGAGCGUAUGUUUGGGAAAUUGCUUGGAGAAGUCCCUACACCCCUGCUGAUGGAGGUUUCGGGGAAACUCUAUGCUCUCUCCGGUGAGACGAUCUUAUGUGAUAAAAAGCCUCCAUAUUUUCAGGUUUUCGACCCCAACUCUAAGAAAUGGUCUCCCCUUCCUGCACCUUCAAUUCUCGAGCCUGGUGGAAGCUAUGGAGACUUCUCUUGUGCAGUUGUGGAUAGUUUUAUCCUUCUGUCGACUCGGACCAGUAUGGUAUAUGGCUUUGACACUAGUGAAGAGGAACAUCCAAAAUGGAUAGAAGUUGGGACUCCUAGUUUUUUCUCCGAUCGUGCUCUUCCUUUUGAAGGAAAAGCUUUGCUCCUGAUGGAUGACAAUGAGUCUUUCAUGUUCAGUUAUAAGAGGAAACAGCGUGGAUAUGCCAUUGUUGUCCACUCUGUGUCUCCUGAUCAUGUGUCUGUUAUUAAAAAAUUGCCACUGGAGCAAGUUCUAGCGGAAGCGGAUAAGUUGCCUGCUGAUUUUCGUGAUAUAUAUUCAAGAUAUGACCACUGCUUUGUUCAUAUAGAAGGUCUGAAAGUCUGCCUAAUUAUGAGCUUAUAUAUUAAAGCACCUAGAAUGUCUGAAGCUGAGAAGUUGCGCAUUAUGUCGUUAACCUUUGAAAUCUCACCACCGACCACAACGGGAAGGGACGUCAAACAUAUUCAUACUCGCUUCUUCGACUGCGAUACCAGACUGUCUCACAUAUCUCGCCCAUGUGAAUACACCCUGCAUGCAAAUGUGCUUGGUGCUUUUGUUCUGUAA